UCCGAUCCGGCUAGAGCAAAUGUCUACCCGGAGGUUUCCACGAGCACCUCUUGUCUGCUUCGGCAGUCUUCAACGAAGCGAGCGCGCGAGGCUCACGCUGAGGUUCCCAGAGGAUGUUGAAGAACUCGCUGUCUCUCGUUGACGAAUGUCGGAUUCCACUCUCGUCGAGUCUCGACCUAAGCAGCUGUAAAUUCAACAAAAUGAGACACUCCGGAGCAGCACCCCUCCCAAUCCUAAUCCUACAUUCGCGGAGAUGGACGGUUCUGUCAGUCAUCCUGAUAACAAUCUUAGGAUUUUAUUUCUUGUUUCCUUCGGAGGCCUUCUGUAAAGAAGGUGGUCUCCUGCGAUCGAGCCAGAGAAUCCUCGUAGAUUCGAUGGGUGGUCGCGCAACAUACGAUAAUGACAUGCCUUUGAUAUUCAUCGGCGGGAUGCCGCGAAGUGGUACCACAUUGGUGCGAGUGCUGCUCGACGCUCAUCCGGACGUCCGUUGUGGUGAAGAGACCAGGAUCAUCCCGAGGUUGCUCAGUAUGAAGCAGCAAUGGACGAAAAACCCAGUCGAAAUGAACCGGCUUCUCGAAGCUGGAAUCACGGACGAGGUCGUCGAUCGAGCUGUUUCUUCUUUCAUCCUAGAGGUGAUUAUUGGUCACGGUAAACCUGCUCCUCGACUCUGCAACAAAGACCCGUUCACUCUCCGAGCUGCGACUUAUUUACAUAAAAUAUUCCCAAAAGCCAAGUAUAUUUUGAUGAUCCGGGACGGACGUGCUGUUGUGCAUUCCAUUAUCACUCGGAAGGUGACUAUCUCGGGUUAUGAUCUGACGAGCUAUCGCCAAUGCCUCAAGAAAUGGAACCAGGCGAUGAUGAGCAUGUAUAGUCAAUGCCAACACCUAGGAACAGAAUGGUGUCUACCAGUGCAUUACGAACAAUUAGUUCUGCAUCCGAAACCAUGGUUGGAAAAAAUUCUCCAAUUCCUCGACAUUCCAUGGAGUGAUACUGUUCUCCACCACGACAAACUCGUCAACAAACCAGGCGGGAUUUCUUUGUCAAUGUUGGAACGGUCGACUGACCAAGUGAUCAAGCCGAUCAACAUAGAGGCCCUCUCAAAAUGGGUGGGAGCCAUACCCCAAGACGUCGUCAGAGACAUGGCCGAAGUUGCUCCGAUGCUCGAAUUUUUAGGUUACGACCCGAAAGCGAACCCACCCGACUACGGGAAACCGGACUCCUUCGUCAUGAACAACACCGCGCAGAUAAAAGAAAAUCUGAACGAGUGGCGAGCGAAGGAGGGGAUGGUUGAGAAAGAACGUGAGGCCUUGCGCAAGAGGAUCGCCGAGAAUCGCGAGCCACGCGUGGAUGACGCCGGAAAAGAUUGAUACAGUCGGAAGGAGCAUCAAUCGCACCUCAUGAAGCUCUUCGGAGCCAGCUUCGGCCUCAC